AUGGAGAAUAUAGACCAUGAAGCCGUGCCUUCUACUUCUAAAAGUGUAAGAAUGAUUUUUCAGUUUAUUCGUUUAUUGUUUAGGCCAAUCAGAUUGAGUUGGAACGAAAAGCGGACGAACUGAGACAGCGUUUGCUGUUGAAACGUCAAAUGCUUCAUAAAAAUGGGGAACACAAAGCCGUCAAUGAGGAUGUGAACGUUAAACAUAAACAUAAUGAGCAUCAGGCAGUAAAUAAACACGAGAGGGUAACUGAGCAUCAGAUCGUACAUGAACAUCCUAAUGCCAAAAAUAAGGUUGAUCAAGUUGUGAAGGAAGAAGAUAAAGAGCCUAUUGUUAACCACAAAGUUAUACAUAAGAACAACAAACUUGAUAAUGGAGUUAUAGUGAAGAUAGAAGACAAUAAAGAAGAUGUGACAAGUUUUUUAGAUGUGGAUGUUAAGUUAAAGAAGGCUGAAGAGCUACGACUACGACUGUUGUUAAAACAGAAAAUGGCCAAGAAAGUUAAAGAGGUAAGUGUUAUUUAAAUAAUUUUUUUAUUGUUUAGGAGGUUGUUAACGAGCCAGAGGAGAAGAAAGUACAUUAUGUUCAAUCUAGUCCAUCAACGGAUGGAGAACUUGAUGAAUAUGUUGAUGUAGGUCGAAUGAGGUUCGAGAACAUGACUGAAGAGCAAAAAGGGCAGGUAGGCUGUUGUUUUAAACUGUGUUUUUUGUGUAAAGAUUUACUCUUCUUACUGUUACCUGCUUCUUACAAAUAAACUGCUUCUUGAGUAUAUGUAUUACCCAUGUUAAUCAACUAUUUUACAUUUUUUUCCUUUCAGCUCAGCCCAGGAGAGCUCCGACAUAAAGAAUACGAGUAUCAGCAAAGACUUAUCAGUGAGCUGCCUUUAUAUUAUCCAGGAAUCAGUGGAACGAGGACUGUUAAAGAGUACAAGUUUGUUCGUCGCAUAGAAGAAGGUACUUUUGGAAUUGUUUAUGAAGCCAUAGAACUUGAUAGUGAUACCACAGUGGCUUUGAAGAAGUUGAAGAUGGAGAAGGAACGAGAAGGGUUUCCUAUAACGUCGUUGAGAGAGAUUAACAUGUUAAUGAAGUGUAGAAUGCACAAAAACAUUGUUAGGCUUAUUGUAAGUUUACAUGGUUCUUUUUUAUGCAGCACGGGGGUUUAGGAUGUUAUGUGCUUUUUUGCUUAAAAAUGUUAAUUUGGACGUGCUAUUUAAAACGAAGAGGAUCUUAUGGAAGAUUUCAGAAUAAUUUGUUAUCUAUUUUCAAUAUAAAACGAUUUUAUAUAUCAUGGUUCAGCUGUUUUGUCUUAAACCAACGUCAAUAUAGCGCAUAUUGUUAACGUAUUUUGUUUUACACCUAGGAAAUAGUGACUGGCUCGACAAUGGACAAGUUCUACUUGGUUAUGGAGUAUAUUCCACAUGACGUGAGGAAGUUGAUCAAGCUAAUGGAAAAGAAAAAGAAACGCUUUACAAUAGGUAACAAUUAUAGUUCUUAUUUAGCAAUGAUAAUAUUUUUUGAUUUAUUUCAUUUGGCAUUUCACUAUUUAUAUAAAUAUAGCUAUUUUGUUAUCAAAUUAUUGGUUUACAAUAUAAAUCUUGACCUUACAGCUCAGAUCAAAGCAUUAAUGUUGCAAUUGGUGGAUGGACUAGCGUAUAUGCAUUCAGAAUGGGUAAUACACAGAGAUCUGAAGCCAUCUAAUUUGUUGUUGACUCACGACAAUGUGUUAAAGAUAGGUGACUUUGGCUUGUGUCGAGAGUACGGUGACCCUUUAAAGCCGUAUACGCCGGUGGUUGUUACUCUGUGGUAUAGAUGUCCGGAACUGUUGUUGGGUUCAAAAGUCAGUUUUUUUUAAAUUUUAUGAGUAUUGUUGGUAUGACUUUUAUUUUUUUUGUUAUUAUGUUAUUCAAAUAAUUCUGUGCCCUCUCAAAAAGAAAGUUUUUGGGGUUAGAGGGCACAUAAUUAUUUGAACAACCUAACAGUAACUGUAACUUUUAUUGCUGAGUUUUAGUUGUACAGCACAAAGGUUGAUAUGUGGUCAGUUGGAUGUAUACUCGGCGAGUUUUUGACAUUGGAACCAAUGUUCAAAGGAAGGUCUGAACUGGAUCAGCUGAAUAAGAUCUUCUUGGUAUGUUAGGCUUUUUGUAAAUUCCAUUUUUAAGUUGUAUUAGGUUGUUCAAAUAGUUCUGUGUCCUUGACUCAUGAAAAUGUGCAUUGAGAGGGGCACAUAAUUAUCUGAACAGUCUAAUAUAAACACAUAAUUUUUUUGUUUGAAGUUUUGGUUAUUUACUUUUUAUGGUUAAUAUAAGGUUAAUAUAAAUUUAAUAAAUGAUUAAUAUAAGGUGUUUUAGGACACAGGAGUGCCGAAUGAAACUGUAUGGCCAGAGUAUAAGACAUUGCCAGGGAUAGUUAAAUGCAUCUUUCCUCCAGCACCGUUCAAUCAGCUUCGUUCCAAGUAUUUGAAGGCUAUUUGUAGUGAAAAUGGGUUGGACUUGUUGCAAAGGUACGGUGUUUUAAAGCUGUGGUUAUUAGCUCUUAACUUUUUAUUAUUUUUUUCGUAUUUUAAGACGUGAUAAAAUGUGAUUUUUUUGUUUUUAAUUGAAAUUAUCAAUAUUUUCUUUUCAGAUUACUUGCCUUAUGUCCUGACCGCAGAAUCUCAGCAGAAGAUGCUCUAAAACAUAAGUUCUUUGAAGAAAAACCAGAACCGGCAUCUUCUGACAGUUUCCCAUCUUGGCCUGACAACUUGGAGAAAGUAAAACCACCACCAGUGUUCUUAGAUCCUCCUUAA